CCUUUUGCCCUCUCUGCCUCUCUGCUUCUCUCUUCGCUGAAUAGUUGCAAUAUUUGUCUUUUUUGUUUGUUUUCUACUUUGCAGACAAAAUGCCUUUAGAGUUCGAGCUGUGUCCCGGUCGGAUGAUCGGAGGAAACCACCCGUGCUUCAUCAUCGCUGAAAUUGGACAAAAUCACCAGGGAGACAUUGAGAUUGCCAAGAAAAUGAUCAAGAUGGCAAAGGACUGCGGUUCGGAUUGUGCCAAAUUUCAGAAGAGUGAAUUGGAUCAUAAAUUCAACAAGAAAGCUUUGGAGCGCCCGUACAAUUCUGUUCACUCCUGGGGGAAAACUUAUGGUGACCACAAACGCCACCUGGAGUUCAGCCAUGAGCAGUACAAGGAACUGCAGAAAUAUGCUGAUGAAGUGGACAUCUUUUUCACUGCGUCUGGGAUGGAUGAGAUGGCAGUGGAGUUCCUCCAUGAGCUUAAUGUUCCUUUCUUUAAAGUGGCCUCAGCAGACAACAGCAACUUCCCCUAUUUGAAGAAGACUGCCAAGAAAGGACGGCCCAUGGUUGUAUCCAGCGGGAUGCAGAACAUGGAGACGAUGCGUCAGGUCUACAAAACCGUGAAGGAGCACAACCCAAACUUUACCAUCCUGCAGUGCACCAGCGCCUACCCUCUGGAAGCAGAAGAUGUCAACCUCAGAGUGCUAACGGAGUACCAGAAGGAAUUUCCCGAUAUUCCCAUUGGGUAUUCCGGCCAUGAGUCUGGGAUCGUUAUUUCUGUUGCGGCCGUAGCAAUGGGUGCAAAGGUCGUCGAGCGCCACGUGACCUUGGACAAGACCUGGAAAGGAAAUGACCACGAAGCCUCUGUGGUGCCCAGUGAGCUGGCCGAGUUGGUUCGCUCCAUCCGGCUGGUGGAAAGGGCGCUGGGCAACGGCGUCAAGCAGAUGCUUCCUUGUGAGAAGCCGUGCCAUGAUAAGCUUGGUAAGUCCUUGGUGGCUAAGGUCAAGAUCCCCAAAGGAACUGUCCUGACUCAGGACAUGUUGGCGGUGAAGGUGGCCGAACCAAUGGGCAUCCCCGCCGAGAACAUCUUCAAAAUGGUUGGAAAGAAGGUCAAAAAGGACGUGGAGGAGGACGAGAGCAUCUUGCCAGAGGUGGUGGAAGGGUACUGCAAGAAGAGCAACUGCUAAUGGUGGCCGGGAGCUUAUAAAUUGAUUUAAAAAAAGGCAUAUUUGAGAGGAAAUGUUAAUUCUUCUGGGAAUGAGGGUCAUCUUAUUUGGUGGUGCUGGGAUUUCUAACAUCAAAGUACUGGACUACCAGUGGCUGAGCAAUGGGUUAGUCCUGUGUUUUAAAUGUAUCCCAGUUGUGGUUUAAACAGUUAACCCUUUUGCCCCCCAAAAAAUCAUCUCUAUUUCAAAAGAUCUGCGUCCUGACGACUUUUCCCAGGACUUAUUCAAAAAUUGUUUUUUUGUGAGU